GUGUCAAAUGAAUGUCAACGAAAUGAACUGUGUCUAUUGAAUCGAUCUAAUAAAUAAAUAAUCUCUUCAAUUUAAGAAAUAUAGUUAUUGCAUAUACAUUUCCAUUUUUGGUGUAUAUCUUUAUUUAAUAAUAAUGUUAAUUUGUAAUAUGUUUUGCUUAUCGCUUUUCUUUUACUCAAUAUUAUUCGUGCAUAACAUAAACGCGGAGUUCUCAACCGAAGACUGUGCAUCACUAGGAUUUAUAAAAGCUAAUCUAUUAUGUUCCUCUUGUGACCAACUCAAGGAUUUCAGUUUAGACGAUCUAGUAGUACAUUGCAAGGAAUGCUGCCAUAAAGAUGAAACCGCACCAAAAGAGAAAAAAUACGCGCGUGCCAUACUUGAAGUUUGUACCUGCAAAUUUCCGGCUUAUCCACAAAUUCAAGCAUUUGUGAAAAGUGAUCGACCCGCCAAGUUCCCUAAUUUGCAAAUUAAGUACGUUCGAGGUCUUGACCCCAUUAUUAAGUUGCUGGAUAAAGAUGGUAUUGUAAAAGAUACUGUGGCAAUUGAAAAAUGGAAUACAGACUCGGUGGAAGAGUUUUUGAAAACACAUCUUGAUAAAGAAGAUGACGACGACCGUCAUUACUUAAAGACUAAUCAAAUCUAGAUAUUGUGCCUUUAUAUCUUAUUAAAUAAAUAAGCAUAAUAAUACA